CUCCCUAACCUCCAGUGUCUGUGUCUCCUUCCAGCUCCCCUGCAGUGCGGGAUGAAACCACUAGCAUCCUGCCUGGGCGUGUGGCUCCUCUUCCAGCUCCCUGCCCUGGUCUCUGGGACGCGUGUGGUCUACAAAGUGCAGGAGGAACAACCACCCAACACACUUAUAGGAAGCCUGGCCUCUGACUACGGCUUCCCAGACAUGGGGCACCUCUACAAGCUGGAAGUGGGGGCCCCCUAUCUACGUGUAGAUGGCAAGACUGGGGACAUCUACACCACAGAGACCUCCAUUGACAGGGAGAGCUUGCAUGAGUGCCAGCACCUCCUACCUGGACACCCCUGCUUGCUGGAGUUUGAAGUGUCCAUCACUGACCUGAUGAUGAACAGCAGCCCACGUCUCCUUGAGGGGGAGAUAGAGGUGCUCGAUAUCAAUGACAACACCCCCAACUUUGCCUCCCCUGUUAUCCCCCUGUCCAUCCACGAGAACACCAACAUUGGGGCACUCUUCUCCAUCCCCCUGGCCAUGGACCGGGACUCGGGUCCCAAUGGCGUUGCCUCCUAUGAGCUAGUGGCUGGUCCUGAGGCACAGGAGCUCUUUGGGCUGCAGGUGGCUGAGGAUCAGGAUGAGAAGCAGCCACAGCUGAUUGUCAUGGGGAACCUGGACCGGGAGCAGUGGGACUCCUAUGACCUGACCAUCAAAGUGCAGGACGGAGGCAACCCACCACGGGCAAGCAGCGCCCUGCUACGCAUCACCAUCCUGGACAUGAAUGACAAUGCGCCCAAGUUUGAGAAGGCCCUGUAUGAGGCGGAGCUCUCCGAAAACAGCCCUGUGGGGCACUCUGUCCUCCAGGUGAAAGCCAAUGACUCAGAUCAGGGCGCCAAUGCCGAAAUUGACUACUCCUUCCACCAGGCCUCAGACAUAGUGCGUCGUCUGCUGCGCCUCGAUCGCACCACGGGGCUCAUCACUGUGCAGGGGCCCAUCGACCGGGAGGACGUCAGCAUCCUCAAGUUCUCCGUCAUGGCCAAGGAUAAGGGGGCCAACCCCAAGAGCGCCCGCACCCAGGUGGUGGUCACCAUCAAAGACAUGAAUGACAACGCUCCCUCCAUAGAGAUCCGGGGCAUUGGGCUUGUCACCCACCAGGAUGGCAUGGCGAACAUCUCAGAGGAUGUGCCGGUAGAGACAGCUGUGGCUCUGGUGCAGGUAUCUGACCGAGAUGAAGGUGAAAAUGCCGUUGUUACCUGUGUGGUAGCUGGUGAUGUCCCAUUCCAGCUGCGGCAGGCCAGUGAAACAGGAAGUGAUAGCAAGAAGAAAUACUUCUUGCAGACCACCACACCGCUGGACUACGAGUCAGUGAAGGAAUACACAAUUGAGAUUGUUGCAGUGGACUCGGGGAACCCACCCCUCUCCAGUACCAACUCCCUGAAGGUGCAGGUGGUCGAUGUGAAUGACAAUGCACCCGUCUUCAGCCAGAGCUUCACCGAGGUGGCUUUCCCUGAGAACAAUGAGCCCGAUGACCUAGUGAUGGAGGUGAGCGCCAGUGAUGCUGACAGUGGCUCCAAUGCCGAGCUGGUUUACUCCCUGGUGAUGGACCCCUCCUCUAAGGGCUCUUUCACCAUUGACCCCGACUCUGGGGAGAUCCGAGUGAAGGCAAUGCUGGACCGAGAACAGAGGGAGCGCUAUGAAUUCUUGGUGGUGGCAGCAGACAAGGGCAGCCCCAGCCUCAAGGGCACAGCGUCUGUGGCCAUCAACGUCAUGGACAGGAAUGACAAUGACCCCAAGUUCAUGCUGAGUGGCUACAACUUCUCAGUGAUGGAGAACAUGCCGCCCCUCAGCCCUGUGGGCAUGGUGACGGUGAUCGAUGCUGACAAAGGAGAAAAUGCCCGCAUCCAGCUGUCGGUGGAGCAAGACAAUGGGGAUUUUGUGAUUCAGAAUGGCACUGGCACCAUCCUAUCCAGCAUCUCCUUUGACCGGGAACAGCAGAGUACGUACACUUUCCGACUCAAGGCCGUGGAUGGUGGGGACCCUCCUAGGUCUGCCUAUGUGGGGGUGACCAUCAAUGUGUUGGACGAGAAUGAUAAUGCCCCCUUCAUCACUUCACCUUCCAAUGCCACCUACAAACACAUCCUGCCCCACACCAGCCCUGGUCAGCAGGUUAGCAAGGUCAAGGCAGAAGACAUUGAUUCUGGUGUCAAUGCGGAGCUGACCUACAGCAUCACGGGAGGCAACCCCUUUGAGCUCUUCCAGAUCUCCCCACACAGUGGAGACAUCACCCUGGAGAAGGAGAUCCUGCGCAAGCACCACGGCCUGCACCGCUUGGUGGUGCGCGUCAACGACAAGGGCAAGCCCUCACGGCAUGGCACGGCACUGGUGCACUUCUACGUCAAUGAGACACUGGCCAACCGCACACUGCUGGACACGCUGGUGGGGCACAGCCUGGACACACCUCUCGACAUAGACAUUGCUGGUGACCCCGAAUAUGAGCGCAGCAAGCAACGAAGCAACAUUCUCUUUGGAGUCAUUGCUGGCAUUGUGGCUGUCACCCUCGUCAUCGUGCUGGUUGUCCUGGUGCGCUACUGUCGGCAGCGGGAGGCCAAGAGUGGCUACCAGGCAGGCAAGAAGGAGACCAAGGACCUGUAUGCACCUAAGCAAGCCAGCAAGAGUGGUAAGAGCAAGAACAAAGUGAAGAAGAGCAAGUCCCCAAAGCCACCUAAGCCCACAGAGGAUGAGGAGGAGACAGGGCUGCAGAAAUCACUCAAGUUCAACCUCAUGAAUGACUCCGUCAGCGAUAGCCCCCGCAUCCACCUGCCCCUCAACUACCCACCGGGGAGCCCGGACCUGGGGCGCCACUACCGCUCCAACUCGCCUCUGCCCUCUAUCCAGCUGCAGCCUCAGUCACCCUCUGCUUCCAAGAAGCACCAGGUGGUGCAGGACCUGCCAGCCACCAACACCUUUGUUGGCACCGGGGACAACAACUCGACAGGCUCCGAGCAGUACUCGGACUACAGCUACCGCACCAAUCCCCAGAAAUACACCAACAAGCAGUUACCUCAUCGCCGAGUGACGUUCUCUGCAGCCAGCCAGGCGCAGGACCUGCAGGAUCCCUCCCAGCAUAGUUAUUAUGACAGCGGGCUGGAGGAGUCAGAGACCCCAAGCAGCAAGUCAUCAUCAGGGCCCCGCAUUGGGCCUCUAGCCCUGCCUGAGGAUCACUACGAACGCACCACACCUGACGGCAGCAUCGGGGAAAUGGAGCACCCUGAGAACGAUCUCCGGCCUCUGCCUGAUGUAGCCAUGACUGGGACCUGUACCCGGGAAUGCACAGAGUUCGGCCACUCCGACACCUGCUGGAUGCCUGGCCAAUCCUCCCCCAAUCGCAGGCCCAAGAAUGCCCUCAAACUCUCCACUUUUGUGCCUUACCAAGAUAGAGGGAGUCAAGAGCAAGUUGGGAAUGGCAGCCCCAGACUCUCAGAAGAGCGCAGCACCAAAAUGGCCAACCUCCGCCUGCUCCCCACGUACAGUGCCUUCUCCAAUAGUAGCCAUGAGCCCUGCAAGGACUCUCCCAUGGAGGAAAUUCCUCUCACCCAGACCUCGGACUUCCAACCAGCCACUACCCCCUCAUCCCAAACCACCAAGAGGGAGAUAUACCUGUGAGGCUGGGCCUGAGGGGCAGGGAGCAGAUGUGCUUCUGAGGCCAGCGUCCAGAGGAACAUUUUAAACUUUAAUGCUUUAUUGCUCCUGCAGCUGGUUCUCCAGGUCAUGGGCGAGAUGCCCCAGGGGCUCUGAGGACAGCGGGGGGGCAGGGCAAGGCAGGGAUGAAAGGGACGCCUUUUUAACCCAUUGUUUUCUGGGGUGGGGUGGGUGGGAAGGAUUAACACAUCCAAAACCUAAGGAAUUUCCAAGCACUUGAGGGUGCAUGUCUCUGAACUGCUGCCUCGGGGAGGGCUGGGCAGGCUCCUAGUGCAGAGGGCAUGUCUGGGGAGAGGGCUUACUUACCAAAGGUCCAUGCAAAGCUGGUGGAGUUCCUGGGGCAUAGGACGAAGUGUGUCUCCACGCACAGAGAGUGAGCUGCCUGUCUUUUUCCUGUAGACUCCUGUAAAUAUGAAUCUUAGGAAUGACAUUCAAGUCCUGCCUGACUGAAACUUUUAUUGUUCUUGAAACAAAAGACAUUUAAACAAAAACAAACCACAGGGAGCAAGUUCCAGCUUUGAAUGGUUUGCUGCGUGGAAGAGCCCAUUGGAGCACAGCUUCCGGCCCACACUCAUGUUCUAUAUUGUAAAUAGAGAUGUGACCAGUCCCUGAAACAGCAGCUGGGGAGCUGGAGAUGAGGGGCAGUGUCCUAGUGGGACUGUAGGGACUUCAAUUUUUUUCAGCCUGGAUCUCUUUCCGUACGUUGUCACUGUGCCCACAAGCUGUAGGGUCCCUAGAGACUGCCCAGUGCCACAAACGGGUUCUGCAUUGGGGAUUCCCUUUUGGCUCUGUGCCCAAUGGGUGGAGGAGGGAUGGGGAAGCCCCCCUUCAAGGGAUUGGCUCGGUCCAUAGAAGCCCUCAGUCCAACUCUGCUGGCAAGGAGGUCGUCAUUGGCUGUGGCAUCUCAGCCUAUCGCCUUGUGCCUCCUCCGGGGCAGGGGAUGCCCAUGAGGCCGGCUGUGCCACGCCUUCGACCUCCGUCCUGUCCGCCUGUAAGCCACCAUUGCCUUUGUGAGGAGGAGCUUUGUCUCAGGGUCACAUUGGGGGCCGCUAAGCCCCUGUCUGCUGGAGUCCCGCUGCCCUUAGGCCACAGGCCCACUCUCAAGGGCUCCAGCUUUCUCUUCCAUUGUCAAAGGUCGACCAGUCUCACCAGGCUGGUCCCCUGCUGCCCUUCCUAUGGCGCUGCCCUGCCAGGUGCCAGCAGUCUCAGCUCCCUUGCAGAGUACCAAACCAGGGCGACGCAGCACAUGUGACGGGGAUAGUGCGCCUACAUGUCUCCAGAGAAACUCACCUUGCUCCCGAAGGUGUAAGCCCAAGGGGGAAAGCCUGGCGAUGCCUGGGUGCUUUUCUGAGUCCCUCUGAUCACUUGGCUGCCUAAGAGCUGAGCUGGGAGCUGGGACACAGUCCUGUUUUGGGGGGCUCUGUGUGCCACCCAGCUCUAGUCACCUGUGCCCUGCUGCCAGGGCAGCAGUAGGAGGGCUGGGCACUCACGCCUCAUUCUCUCUUCAGUAGCCCUUCCCAGUCCUCGUCUAGCAGGGAUGCUGGGAGGGGCUGCGCUGCACCAUUGUUCUUCCCAUACUAGCUCUUCAGUUGUCUUCAUCUCUAGGAUCUUCCUUAGGGAGUAAGGCCAGUGGUAGCUGUAGGACAAUGUCCCCUCUUGUUCAUCUUCAGUCCACAUCAGACCUUUAUACACAGGGGACCAGCCAGGGCCCCAAGGGUACCCACCUGUGUUAGGGCAUUGUGUGUGUGCAGGCAAUGGCCUGCAGGUGGCCUUUUCACUGUGGGGCUCACAGAUGGCUCUGCAGGGCACGACCAGCACUGGGGGCUUACAGUAGGGCAGGCCACCCCAGCAUCCACCCCCACCAGUUGCUGAAGGUCAGAGACAGCCCUGCCAUAGCUGUAGUGCCUGUUAGGGUGUGGAGCCCCACGGGAC